GCUGGGAUCUUUAACGCCUCGCGACUCUAUUUGGGUGCUAAUUCAGCAAUAGAUUUCGGUUUCGGUUUCAGUUUCAGUUUACAUGUAUUGUUUGCUACAGUAAUAUUCAGCACCUUUAGUUUGUCGAUAGCCGUGAUCGCGAUAACAACACUUUCCCCCAGAAAAGAGAAUUAUAAUGGCCAAGCCGCAACACAUCCUGCAGCUGAGUGAGGAGCAGCGGCGCAGCUUCGUCGACUCCUUCGACCGGGUGCUGAGCGACAUCGACGGCGUCCUGUGGACCAUGGAGCACGAUGUGCCCCGGGUGGCGGAGGGAUACUCCGCUCUGGAGCGGAGCGGCAAGCAGCUGACCUUCGUCACCAACAACAGUGUGCGGACGGUGGAGCAGUGCGUCCGGCGCUUCGCCAAGAUCGGGAUGCAGGUGAAGCCGGAGCAGAUCUGGCAUCCGGCGCAGUCCAUCGUCAGCUAUCUGCGGGGCAUUAACUUCCAGGGCCUCAUCUACAUCAUCGCCAGUCCGCCGUUCAAGGCGGUGCUCCGCGAGGCCGGAUUCCAGCUCCUGGACGGGCCCAACGAGUUCAUCGAGGAGAACUACGAGAGCCUGGCCAAGCACAUCUUCUGCAAGCAGCCGGUUCGCGCCGUCGUCAUCGACGUGGACUUCAACCUGACCUCCCCGAAGAUGCUGCGGGCCCACCUGUAUUUGAGGAACCCGGAGUGCCUGCUGAUCGAGGGCGCCUCCGAUCGCCUGCUGCCGGUGGCCAAGGGGGUGAACAUCAUCGGACCCGGACUCUUCUCCUCCAUCCUGGAGGAGGCCAGCGGCCGGGAGCCCAUCCUGCUGGGCAAGCCGGGCCGCCAGCUGGGCGAACUGAUCGUCGGGCACUACAAGAUCGACCGGCCCAGCCGGGUCCUCAUGGUCGGCGACAUGCUGGCCCAGGACGUGGGCUUCGGCCGCCAGUGCGGCUUCCAAACGCUGCUCGUCCUCUCCGGCGGCUGCACCCGGGAGCAGCUCCUGGCCGAGACGGAUCCGCGCCACAUUCCGGACUUCUAUGCGGACAGCAUGGCCGAUGUGGCCCAAAUCCUUGGUGGGGGACCCAGGUCGCAUGUCUAGUCGUUCACCGCCACAAUUAUUGCUAUCCUUAUAACACCGUAUUUUAUUCGUUACCUGAAAUAUAACUCACUCUAACAAA